AUGGCGACGACUGUAAGCAAUAACUUGGACAGCAAUGGGCCAGAAUUCGCGGGCUGUCGUUGGUAUUCACCAGAAACAGGAAUUUACACUAGCAAACACGCUCCGGUGGAGCUUCCUUCAGACCCAUUUCUCGAUGUUGUUUCUUAUAUUUUUUCUCACCAACACAAUGGAGUUUCAGCUCUCAUAGAUUCUUCAUCUGGAUGUUCAAUUUCUUACUCGGAAUUGUUUUCUUUGGUGAAAUCCAUGGCAUGUGGUCUCCAAAAAAUGGGUGUUUCAAAAGGUGACGUUGUUCUACUUCUAAUUCCUAAUUCCAUUUACUAUCCCAUUGUUUUCUUGGGUGUUUUGUAUCUUGGCGGAAUUGUCACACCGUUGAAUCCUCUAAGUCACAUUUCAGAAAUCCGUAAGCAAUUAUCUGAAUGUGGUGUGAGUCUGGCUUUUACUCUACAAGAGAGAGUUCGAAAACUACAAUCGUUGGCCAUUCCAGUUAUUGAGGUUCCCGAAAAUCUGAAGGACUUGAAAUACUCUGAUUACCCAGUUUUUUAUAAUCUUGUUUCGGGUAAGUCGGAUUUGUUUCCGAGGCCGGUUAUUAAACAAGAAGACAAGGCGGCUAUAAUGUAUUCUUCUGGGACUACGGGUGUGAGCAAAGGAGUUAUUCUAACACAUAAGAAUUUUGUUUCUAUGGUUGAGCUUUUCGUGAGGUUUGAAGCUUCUCAAUAUGAAUAUUCAAGCUCAAAGAAUGUGUUUUUAGCUGUUCUGCCGAUGUUCCAUAUAUAUGGUUUAUCACUCUUUGCGGCAGGAUUACUGUCUUUAGGCUCUACGAUUAUUGUAAUGAGAACAUUUAACAUCGACGAGGUGAUUAAGGUGAUUGAUAAUUACAGAGUCACACACUUCCCUGUUGUUCCACCGAUAUUGACGGCAUUGACCAAAAGAGUAACCGACAUAAAUAGGAGUUAUCUGCAAAGCUUGAUACAGGUCUCCUGCGGUGCCGCACCUUUGAGCAUAAAGACAAUAGAGGGCUUCAUCCACACUCUACCUGACGUUGACUUUAUACAGGGUUAUGGAAUGACUGAGUCAACUGCAGUAGGAACACGUGGCUUCAAUGCUGAAAAGUUUCGAAAUUAUUCUUCUAUAGGGUUGUUAGCUCCCAACAUGGAAGCAAAAGUAGUUGAUUGGAAGACUGGUGCUUUUUUGCCUCCAGGCAGUAUUGGUGAGCUUUGGUUGAGAGGGCCUUCAAUUAUGAGAGGGUACUUGAAUAAUGACGAGGCCACAAUGUCAACAGUUGAUAAAGAUGGUUGGCUACACACCGGUGAUGUUGUUUGGUUUGAUCAAGAUGGAUAUUUACAUUUGUCCGACCGCUUGAAAGAUAUUAUCAAAUACAAGGGCUAUCAGAUUGCUCCUGCUGAUUUAGAAGCUGUGUUAAUUUUGCAUCCCGAUAUAGUUGAUGUAGCAGUUACAGGUGCCAAUGAUGAAGAAACUGGGGAGAUGCCAGUGGCUUUUGUGGUCAGGAAGGUUGGAAGUGCCCUCUCUCAGAAAGCUAUUAUGGAUUAUGUUGCUCAGCAGGUUGCUCCAUACAAGAAGGUGAGGAAAGUGGUGUUCAUUGACUCAAUACCAAGGUCAGCUGCUGGAAAGAUUCUCAGAAGGCAACUGAGGCGUUGCUUGGCUUCCAAACUUUGAGACGUCUUUCUUGGAUUUCUUUCAUGCACCAAUAUUGCCUGGCAAAAAUAUUCCUGAACAGAACUUGAUUCAUCAACGCACAUACCACAUUUUCCCUUAAAAUCAUCUCCCAGAAAAUUUUGUCCCACAUUUG